GAACCUAAGAGAAAAGCAGAGACAAGGAAAGUCACUAUCCCAAGCCAGACAUCUGAAUACGUCCCGGAGAAAGUAGUCUUUACUCUGAAAGGCUGCAUAGUAACUUAUCUGUCGUCUAGUCUACAAAAAAUUAUUAUAAUAAUAAAUACGCACCGGGCGCAAAUUUGCUAUAUUUAUUCUUUUUCUUUAUUGGUACUCAUGUAGAGUUUGCACUGGAUUUUUUUUAAUAGAUCUUAGUUUCUGUGAAGUUUGCUGAACCCCGCACCUGGACUGUUUUUGUUACAGUUCUUGAAGGAUUAUGAUGAUGUUCGUGCGCGUCGCGCUGAGUUUCAUUGCGGUUCUGUGCGCUACGGCGGCGCAGAGCGCAUGGGAGGAAGAGACCCUCAUACCAGUUCGGCUCGACUCCUACGAGAGCAACCAGGAGUCGCCUGUAAGCUCAGAGGCGCAGGAGAAAGAAUCCGAAAAGCUUUUCUAUCGGUUGGACGUUUUCGGGAAACAGAUGGUGCUGGAGUUGGAGCCGGAUCAGACUUUCCUGGCGCCAGGGUUUGUAUUCCAUGUGGUGGGGAAACCGGAGGGCCAGCAGGGGUUUGACAGCUCGGGGGAGGCGCGCUGCUUUUACACAGGAACUGUGAACGGAGAGAAGAACUCUGCGGUCGCUCUAAACGUCUGCCAUGGACUGAGAGGGGGCUUCAACUACGGUGGGGAAGAGUAUUUCAUUCAGCCUGCGAACGCCACCAGGGAAAGCGGCGUUCCAAGCGCGGACACGCACAUCAUUCGCAGGAGAAAUAGGCGGUUCCAUGCGGAGGUCGGUGGAUCCAAGUGCGGUGUCAGAGAGGACGAGGAGAAGAUCUCUGGGCACUUUGAGACGAAGGCACAUAAAGAACACGCCUCAAAUCCAAAUCAGUCUGAAGCACAUCACCGGGGUCGUCGUUUUGUGUCCACCCCACGAUAUCUGGAAAUCAUGAUUGUGGCCGAUCAGUCAAUGGCAGAGUUCCAUGGAGCUGGAUUGAAGCCCUACCUUCUAACUAUAAUGGCUGUAGCGUCUCGACUUUACCGCCACCCAACUAUUCAUAACUCUAUUACACUUUCCGUGGUAAAACUUAUGGUGAUAUAUGAUGAAGAACAUGGACCAGAAGUCUCCUCAAAUGCUGCCCUUACCUUGAGGAACUUCUGCCAGUGGCAAAAACAGCACAACCCCCUGAGCGAUCGUCACCCAGAACAUUAUGACACUGCCAUCCUGUUCACAAGACAAGACCUAUGUGGUGCUCAUUCUUGUGACACAUUAGGAAUGGCUGAUGUUGGCACAGCGUGCGAUCCAGAGCGAAGUUGCUCCAUCGUCGAGGAUGAUGGACUGCAGGCAGCUUUCACUGUUGCACACGAGCUGGGUCAUGUGUUCAACAUGCCCCACGAUGAUGCAAAACAGUGUGCUAACAUCAAUGCUGAGAACUGGGGCGCCCACAUGAUGGCGUCUACUCUUUCCAAUCUGAACCAGUUGCAGCCAUGGUCUCCAUGCAGUGCACUGAUGAUAACAUCUUUCCUGGAUAAUGGCCAUGGUCAGUGUCUGCUGGACAAGCCACAGAAACCUCAGCAAUUACCACAAGCCCUGCCCGGUUCAGUCUACGAUGCUGAUCAUCAGUGCCGUCUCACAUUUGGUGAGGAGUCACAGCAUUGCCCUGACCAGAGCACCACCUGUGCAGCGCUCUGGUGCACUGUCACUACAACAAAUGGUAUUCUGGUGUGCCAAACCAAGAACUUUCCAUGGGCUGAUGGAACUCCAUGUGAGCAUGACAGCAUUUGCAUGGCAGGCCAAUGUUUAAGCAGUAGUGAAGCAGCCCAUUAUCAGACCCCAGUUAAUGGUGGAUGGGGAACCUGGGGUCCUUGGGGUGAGUGUUCACGUACCUGUGGUGGCGGUGUUCAGUACUCUUUUAGGGAAUGUGACAGCCCAAUGCCCAAGAAUGGAGGCAAAUACUGUGAGGGUAAAAGAGUUCAGUACCGAUCCUGCAAUACAGAAGACUGCCCUGAGAGCAAUGGUUUAACUUUCCGUGAAGAGCAGUGUUUGGCCCACAACGAUGUUUCCUCCCAUAUGACAUUCGGCUCAGGUGAGGGUGUUGAAUGGGUACCAAAGUAUGCUGGCGUCUCACCAAAGGACCGCUGUAAGCUGGUUUGCAGAGCAAAAGGAACAGGCUACUUCUUCAUCCUCAAACCGAAGGUGGAGGAUGGAACUCCCUGCACCCCCGACUCCACCUCUGUUUGUGUUCAAGGUCAGUGUGUUAAGGCUGGAUGCGACCGUGUGAUCGGCUCCGAUAAACAAUUUGAUAAAUGUGGCGUUUGUGGAGGGGAUGGAUCUACUUGCAAAAAAGUGUCUGGAUCUUUGGAGUAUGCUAGACCCGGCUAUCAGGAUGUUGUGACAAUCCCUGCAGGUGCCACCCACCUUGAUGUCAAGCAGAGAUCCAUUGGUGGCCGUCGACAUGACAACAGCUACCUGGCUGUUCGCCAGCAAGAUGGCACCUACCUACUAAAUGGUGACUAUAAGCUUACAACUUUGGAGACAGACAUCUUUCUUAAAGGGGCACUUCUGCGCUACAGCGGCUCCUCAGCCUCUCUUGAGCGUCUCCGUAGCUUUGCUCCUCUUCCAGAGCCACUAACAGUCCAGGUACUGUCUGUAGGUGACUCUCCCCGGCCCCGGGUCAAGUACAGUUAUUUUGCCCCACGUCCUGCUUCUACAAAUCGACGUCCCGUCAAUGCCAUCAGAGAAGUAUUAGGUGCAGAGUGGAUACUACGUGAAUGGGGACCUUGCUCACAGACCUGUGGUGAAGGUACACAAAGAAGGGAUGUCCUCUGUCUAGAUUCUCGUGGUCGACCUUCACAAGAAUGUCCUGAAGAACUGCGCCCUUCUUCCUCACGUCCUUGUAUCACACAAGCCUGCCCAUCCUGGGUAGUGGGCGAGUGGUCAGCCUGCUCUAAGACCUGUGGCCGAGGCUUCCGGAAACGUCCACUGCACUGUGUGGGUAAUGAUGGCUAUGUUUUGCCCAGUGAUAGAUGUCAUGCAAAAGAUCGACCACGACCCUUGCUGGACAUAUGCGUCCAAAGUGCGUGUUAAGACUGGCUAGGACUAUAUUUAAACUCUGACUGUAAAUUCUGCUAUUCAUUGUCUGAAGCAGAACAAUGCAGGUUUGGGAUCCAAUAGGGCCCUCCAUGUCGGUGACUGCAAGCAACCUUGAACCAGCGCUACAGCUCCCAUUCCUCCAACUCUGGGUGCAGGACACAAAGCUGGCACACUGUGUUCCUGUCUGCAAAGCUGGGAUAGAGGAAGAGUAAAAAAAAAUUAAGGACACCUUGGCUGCUUUAGGUGCUAAUGACAUGCUUAUAGGUCAUUAAGUAUGAGUGUGUGUUUAAGGAUGAAUGGCUGUAUGAUAAGCUCAAGUGUGUGUGUCUGUGUUUGUGUGUAUAUAUAUAUAUAUAUAUAUAUAUAUAUAUAUAUAUAUAUAUAUAUAUAUAUAUAUAUAUAUAUAUAUAUAUAUUUGUAUUGUCUGUCUAAGCUGGACUAGGCAGAUUGUUGCUAUAUAAGAGGAAACUAUAUGAGAGCAUCCAUAAAAAACAAUGAAAAGAUAAUUAGUGAAUAUAUUGGAAUCUAUUAGUAUUUGGCUGAGACAGAGAGAAGCAGUGAUCCAGUACGUGAGACCGUAUCAAGCCCUUGUUAAACCCAGUUCAAAAUCUCAGAUCACCCAGACACUCAAGCUGCUAUAAUACAAAGGUUUUAUGUAUGUAUUUAUAACUAUAACUACUCCGUUAAUAUACAGAGUUAUGUAUUUGCGAGUUUCCAAUGCAUACCCCAUCAUUAACAAACAAAGGAAGAGAGAAGAAAUGCCAAAUAAUAUGGUUUCUGUAUCGGAGUGAUUGUGUACGUGUGGGUGCGUGUGUAUGUUAGAAGGCAUAUAUGGAGGGUGAGGGACUUCUCUCCUGCUACUACUUCAUAAGUAAGUCUCUCGUGCCUUCCGAGAAGGUGUCAUCUUUUUUUUUUUUUUUUGUACAGAAUAUCCAAACAUUAUUUAUUUUUGUACAGCCUGUUAAAUAUAAUCUUGUGGCUUUUUUUUAUUAUUAUUGAAUUUUUAUUUGUCAUUAAUAUUGAAACAAACAGAAGGAUGUAGAUUAUAUUGGAGUAUUUAUACAGUAUUAUAUAUGGUUUUUAGGUUUAUGAAUAAAGUAUCACAUUGAUUUGUGAACCGAAAUCA